AUGGCGUCGUCUCCGCUGCGGCAGCGGCUCGAGGAGAUGAAAUACGUGGAGCUGCAGCGGAUCGCGAAGGCCGCCGGGCUCAAGGCCAACCUGCGGGCAGACAAACUGUUGAAAGCACUGAAGCAACACUUAGAUGGAACCAAACAAGAAAGUGCAGAUAUGGACUCUGAAAAAAGUGUACCUAGUCUCAUCAAAUCAGAUGAACUGAACAAUGAGGAGGAAAUGAUGCCUGAUUCAGUGGCCUUUAUUACACGAAGAUGUGGUAAAGAAAAGAAAGUAAACAGAAAAAAGAGGAACUCCGCUGAGGAUAUUAAUACCAGUGAAGAAAAUGCAGAGCUUUCUCAGGAGAAAGAGGUGCAUUUGGAAAUGAAAGAAAAUGAGGUGCCUCGGGGUGAGCAAGGAAAGGGACAGAAGGUAUUCCAAACUGAGGAACACGUAACUAAAAAGAGAGCUACUGAGAGCACAGGGAUAGGUACUGCUCGGAAAGAACAGCCGAAGAGGACUUCUACUAAAAUUGCUGGCGGUGAAUGUAAUGUUCUUCAGGCAGGAGGGAAGAUCCCUGUAUAUGCAGGCCGUGCAUCUAGGUCUGGGAAAAAGGGAACCAAAGCUACUACACCAAACUUCAAGAAGUUGCAUGAGGCUCACUUCAAGAAAAUGGAAUCAAUUGCUGACUACAUUGAGAGGAAAAAUAAAAUUAUUGAAACCUGCAGCAGUUCUGCCAAUGAAGUCAAGGUGCGGACCAAAAAAUCAAGUAACUUACGAGCAUCAGAAAAAGGCACUCCUUACAGCACUUCUAAGAAACAAACCAGCAGCAAAACGUUCUUAUUCAGCCCAAAUCCAGAAAGAGGCAGAAUCUCCACCACCUGCACCCCCAGUAACCGCUAUCACUCACCACACAGUUCUCUGAACACCAGUCGGAGUAUUUUAUCCAAGAAAUCGUCAUUUAACCCUUCUGUCCUUUCAACAACCAAAAUGAACGUCAGGUUCUCAGAAGCCACAAAAGAUAAUGAGCACAAACGCUCCCUUACCAAGACUCCAUCUAGAAUGUCUCCAUACCUGCAGAUGUGCACACCUGAGAGCCACAAAUCAGCAAGUCGGAAAACCAGUGUAGGAAAUGCAAGAAAUAACAAUUCAACUGCAGCAAAGGGUAAAGGCGAGGUUAUCAUGAUGUAUUUUGUAGCUCUCACCCCCUUCAAGUUCUCAGCUCACCCUGCAGAACCCACAAGCGCCAAGAAGACGUUUGAUCUCAAAGCAAGUCUCUCAAGGCCACUUCCGUAUCAGCCACAUAAAGGACGACUAAAACCUUGGGGAGAAUCUAAAGAAAAUACCGUUCCAAAUAAGCCUGGCAACAUCUCUUCAUGUAAGAAAGACUACAAACAGCCCCGUCUUCAGACAAGGGAAGAAAGGCGGGAGAAACAUGAGCAAGAGAGAAAGAAGAAAAAGGCUAAGGUUCUUGAAAACCGCAGAGGAAUAUCUGUGGGUUAGGAAUAAGAAAUAUCUAAGCUAUUACUGUAAAUACUAGUCUUGUCAUGUAAAUAUCUGUGCUGUGUGUGUAGUUCAGCUUGCUAUUAGCUAGUAGAAUCCAGAGAG